AUGUUCUUCCUACUGACAGCACUUCAAAUCUUGGCUGUAGCCAUGGUACAGAGCCAAGAGGAUGAGAAUAAGAUAAUUGGUGGUUAUCCAUGUAUCCAGAACUCCCAGCCAUGGCAGGCAGCCCUACUGGCAGGUCCCUGGAGCUCCUUCCUCUGUGGAGGGGCCAUGCUGUCUGACCACUGGGUCAUCACUGCUGCUCACUGCGCCCGACCGAUCCUUCGGGUAGCCCUGGGCAAGAACAACCUGAAGAGAUGGGAAGCCACGCAACAGGUGUUACGGGUGGCUCGCCAAGUGGUACACCCUCGCUAUAACUCCCGGACCCACGACAAUGACCUGAUGCUGCUACGGCUGGAAAAGCCCGCCCGUCUGGGCAGAGCAGUGAAGCCCAUCCAAGUGGCUCAGUCCUGUGCCAACCCUGGGACUUCCUGUCGCGUGUCAGGCUGGGGCACCACAACCAGCCCCAUUGCCAGGUACCCCAACUCUCUGCAAUGCGUGAACAUCAACAUCUCUUCUGAGCAGGAGUGCCAGAAAGCCUAUUCUGGAGCCAUCACUCCUGGCAUGAUCUGUGCAGGAGUCCCCCAGGGUGGCAAGGAUUCCUGCCAGGGUGACUCUGGAGGCCCCUUGGUGUGUAGAGGACAGCUCCAGGGUCUGGUAUCCUGGGGGAUGGAGCGCUGUGCCCUGCCUGGUUACCCGGGGAUCUACACCAACCUGUGCCGGUACAGAAACUGGAUCCAGGAAACUAUGCGGGCCAAGUAA